UCCGGAUCAAGAUGUCCGCGCCCAGCAGUGCACGUGUGGUCUGAACGGGUCCUCGGCCGUGCAUCGUUUUUCUUUUCACAACGAGCCCGAGUAAUCGUUGCGCACAAUUAAGUCCACGUACACAACACACACACACAUAUACACACACACUACGCACGCAGAUACAAAGAGCGCCGGUGUAUCCGUAAGCAAUUAUACGCCCGCACACGAGGCACGAGUUGCUUCACCGCACUGUACACGCGCAGGCAAAGUUGCGCGUGGAGAGGCCCCGAGCGAUGAACCGAGAGCGGCGUCAGCGUGGAGGGCGGCGUGGCGGACGGGGCGGCGGUCCCCGGCGGACGCAGAGGCGCGACGCGGACAGCGAAGACGAGGCCGCGGAGUCGAACUCCUACGACGCGGAGCUGGUACCGGCCGAGAGCGUACCCAGCAAGGAGAGCGUGAAGCAUUUGAGUUUCCCCAGCGAAGAUGCCUCCGAUACGGAGCUCAACACACGCGAGCUUGUCAAGCAGCAGAACUGCAAGAAAAAGAAGUCUGGAGGAUUUCAGUCCAUGGGACUCAGCUACCCAGUGUUCAAAGGGGUCAUGGGAAAAGGCUACAAAGUCCCUACACCGAUCCAAAGAAAAUGUGUUCCCGUGAUCUUGGAGGGCCGCGAUGUGGUGGCCAUGGCGCGCACGGGCAGCGGAAAGACGGCCGCGUUCCUCGUGCCCAUGUUCGAGCGGCUGCACGCGCGCAGCGCCCAGGCCGGCGCUCGUGCCCUCGUGCUCUCGCCCACGCGCGAGCUCGCCCUGCAGACCAGCAAGUUCACCAAGGAGCUCGGGAAGCACACCGGGCUGAAGACCGCCCUCAUCCUCGGAGGAGACAGGAUGGAAGACCAGUUUGCUGCCCUGCAUGAGAACCCAGACAUCAUCAUCGGGACGCCCGGCCGCCUCAUGCACGUGGUGGUGGAGAUGAACCUGAAGCUGCAGGCGAUGGAGUACGUCGUGUUCGACGAGGCCGACAGGCUCUUUGAGAUGGGCUUCGCCGAGCAGCUGACGGAGAUCAUCCGCCGGCUCCCCGACUCGCGCCAGACCCUGCUCUUCUCCGCCACGCUGCCCAAGCAGCUCGUGGAGUUUGCUCGUGCAGGCUUGAGUGACCCAGUGCUGAUUCGUCUGGACGUGGACUCCAAGCUGAGUGACCAGCUCAAGCUGGCGUUCAUGUGCUCACGCGCGGACGACAAGCCGUGCGUGCUGCUGCACCUCCUGCGCACGGUGGUCAAGCCGCACGAGCAGACGGUCGUGUUCGUCGCCACCAAGCACCACGUGGAGUACCUGCGAGAGCUGGUGAGCCAGGCGGGCAUGAGCUGCGCGUACAUCUACAGCGCCCUCGACCAGACGGAGCGCAAGAUCAACGUAGGCAAGUUCGUGCACAAGAAGACCAUGCUGCUGAUCGUGACGGACGUGGCCGCCCGCGGUAUCGACAUCCCCAUGCUGGACAACGUCAUCAACUACAACUUCCCGGGGAAGCCCAAACUCUUCGUCCAUCGCGUCGGCCGCGUGGCGCGCGCCGGCCGCCCUGGCACGGCGUACUCCCUGGUGGCACCCGACGAGAUUCCCUUCGUCAUCGACCUCCACCUCUUCCUCGGGCGACCCCUGCGCUUCCCCGCCUCCGCGGCCGCCGCUGCCGCCGCCGCCGCCAAGGAAGCGGGAGGAGCGGCGGCGGCCGACACGGACGGGCUGCUCGGCCGCGUGCCGCAGUGCGUGCUGGACGACGAGGACACGCUGCUGCGCGCACAGCACGAGUCCUCGCUGGAGCUGAGCUCGCUGCAGCACGUCGCCGAGAACGCGUUCCAGCACUACGCCCGCACGCGCCCGGCGCCCUCCUCCGAGUCCAUCAAACGAGCCCGGGCCCUCAAGAUGGCGUCCAUGCCCGUCCACCCGCUCUACUCCGAGGUCCUGGAGCAGAAUGAGCACGAGAGGCUGAAAAUCGUCGAUGAAAUCAAGAACUACAAGUCCAAGGCUACCAUAUUCGAGAUCAACGCCACGAAGAAGACGGUGGCGAGCGAAAUCAUGAGGGCCAAGCGGGCCAAGCACGGCCGAGCCAUCGGCAACCACCGCCAGGCCCUGCAGGAGAGGCGGCGGCGACGGCCGCGCACUGAGGCCGGCCCGGAACCGCCGCGCCGCGUCGCUGCCGCCAACGAGGAGGAGACGGAGGAGACGCUUGACGAGGUAUUCUCCGAGGUCGUGGGACGGAAGCGGAAACGUCCCCAAUCGGACGGCGAUCCCGACAAAGGGAAGCGCAAAAAAGUGGACACUGCAAGGACUGAAGAAUUCUACAUCCCGUACCAGUCCAAAGACGCCAACUCUGAGAGGGGGUUGAGCAUGAAUGGGAACACGGUGUUUGAACAGCAGGCGUCCGGGGCUGUGCUGGAUCUCAUGGGCGACGACACGCGGGACCUGGACAAGAACAAGCAGCUCAUGCGAUGGGACAGAAAGAGGAAGCGCUUCGUGCGCGACUCCGGCAACAAGGAUGGCAAAAAGAAAAUUAAAACGGAGAGCGGGCAGUACAUCUCCGCCUCAUACAAGACCAACUUCUACGCCGAGUGGCGCAAGAAGAACCGGAUCGACGAUCGCGUCUCGGAGAGCGAGGACGAGGAGGGCUGGCGGCGGCGGUGGGAGGAGAGGACGCGGCGGCGCGUGGCGAGGCGUAAGGGGUAAGAGGAGGGACGGCCGAGGCGGGCCCCCCGGCAGAGGGGGCCAUCCGGGGUCCUCUCGCCGCGGCGGCGGAGCCGACAAGCAGCAGCACGUGCGCUCGGAGCUGCGCAACCCCGACCAGAUCCUGAAGGCGCGGCGCAAGAAGGAGAGGAUGGACUUCCUGCAGAGCGGCGGCGUGAAAAAGAUGAAGGCCAGCCGGAGAGGCCAAGGGGGUGGAUUCGGAGGCCAUGGUG